AUGGUCCAGAAAACGGAGCAAGGAACAAGUAGCGAUCUAACGUAUGUCUUCAACAUAUUACAUGGUGUAUGCGUAUAUUACGCGGGAGGUGAAGUAUUUGAGAGAUGCUCCUACGUGUUGCAGAUCUUGCAUAGUUGGCAACCGCCGGACAUUUGUAUUAGCUCCUUGGACCUACCCACACCUACGAUGUCGUCGUCUGCUUCGUUUUCACCUGGUGUAAUCCGUUCGUCUUGGCAGUCGAAAAAUCCGGGUCGAGCUAACUACAGGGGAGUGCCCUUAAUUCGACGACGAACACUGUCCUCUAUUUCGAGCACACGAGCAUCCGCAACUGCUGCUGAAGCGCACGCCUCUAGUGUCAAUGCUUCGACACGCAGCCGCAUGCGAUGCGAUAAAGUGUCGCAUAAUGGUAGCAGCUCUGCGCUUUUUAUAGAGUGUCUAGACAAAAUUCGGCAGACGCGCAUCAAUGUCGAGAACAAUGCAACACAGAAUAUCAUGCUGCAGGCAAAAGCUGAGCUGAAUAAGCUGACUAACGAAGAGAUUCAUCUCGUACGGCAGCAAUUUCAGCGGCUGGAGCGCGGGAACCAUCUACGAGGGCUCCACAACGUGGAGGGUGUGGAACCAGAUACCACAGAACGCCGUGUACAACGAUGGAUCAACGCGGCAGGCCAGCAGCAAUCUGAGACUUCAUCAGAUGGUAGAAAAAAUGGACGUGGGGUACCACCAGGUGGUAGGAGUGCUGUUCACGAAGAUACCCUUUUUCCAUCUGCGUCAGCUUCAUCACAGCUGCUACCGGAGGAUACAGUCGACCACGUCUCUGCGUUCCUGUCGCUUUACAGCAACGAGAAAGGCCAAGCGGGGAGCUAUUCCGGAUACUCGGUAGACCCGUACUGGGAUCCUUUUUUUGACGUCCAGAACGAGAAAGAGCGUGCCAACCAGGAGUUCGCAGAAUACGCCAAAGUUGCUAGCGCGGCUGAGGCGCGUGAGAAGCGCAUGGAAAUCAGGCGAAGCAUCCGGCGAGCCGUCGUCGCGCGCUUCGGAGCGCGGUAUGAUCCUCUGAAAUACAACGCCGGAAAUUUGCCCCAAGACGUUCCGAAGCCGCACCGAUUGCACGAACGAUUCUGGACGCCCAGUGUGCUGCAGCAGCGGAUCAAUGCCGAGAAGCAGUUAUCAUGGCGGGAUGUUGACAUAUUGCAGCAUCACCUCGCACCAAACGGAUGUUAAGACAAGAAGUGCUAGUGCUAAAGAAAGAUUGAAAAAAGUCUUAGUUUAUCUACAUCAAAAUCCAAAUUGAUAUCGAUGUUUUUAGAUGAGCAUCAUCAUAGUUCUAAUCUCAGAUCCUACCCAGAAGAAGCACCUUGCUCAGCCGCAAACAGCACCGCCGUAUGGCAAAAGCCGUACACACCGCACGCGCCAUGGCACUGCUCCCCUUUGACUGGCGGCCACGGGAUUUCGAAGUAAUGCCUUUGAUGGAUCCGAUGCAAUUUGCGGCGGACAGGCUUAGCCACGAUCUGCGCAACCCACGGUCGCGAGCCAUGUUGGAGGUGAUGCUCGAAAAAUACCCUAAUCUGGACUACACUGCGUAUCAAAAAUGGAAGCGUGCGCUUUUCCAGAAAUGCAAGAGCCAAGAUGCUAGCUCCUCUUCAUCUGGAGGCCAAAAGGACACGGACAGUAGGCAAGCUGCUAGAGAUCGAAAAGAAGCUUCCACACAAGCAAGGCAGACGGCUUCUGGAGGAAAACAGGACAUUCUCACACUUGUUGAUACUGAAUCGCGUGAAAAAAGCGCCAGCUGUGUUUCAUCAUGACUCGAAGACAUUCACUGAUUCUUUCGCCGACGUCAACUCCAAGUCCAACAUCUUUAAUGGAACCGCUUUGUAGGAGUCUUCUCUCUCUCACUUCUUCUUGUCUUGUGUAAGCAUAGGGCUGUACUAGCCAGAGGUGCGGUGCAUUCAACCCUGAGUAUAGACCAAAAGCAGUCUUCAUCUUGUUGUAUCUUCUAUCAUAUUUAGUAGUACAUUGUACAACUGUCUCGAUGUUUGAUUCUACCUAUAAUAUUUUUAUAACCAGAUGAGAGUGGGACGAGACACAAAUAGAUUAGUUACGAAAAGGAGCAGGAGGGCGGUGCGCUAGAUAGAAAGCAGAGCCAGAUAAUUAUAAUUACAGCAUUGAGGACGACGGUAUCAAG